AUGGAAUAUUUAGCCGAUAAAUGCUUGGAAAAUGGUGAUUUGACAAGCGCCUCGGAUUUAUUUACAUCCCUAGAAAAGACAAAUCCGAAAUAUGCUAAAAUGGCACGAAUUUGCCGCGUUUUGAGCAAUCCCACAAGCGUCCCUCUCCCGCAUCGCCAUCAUGAUAUGUGUGAGGCCCUCUUGGACCCAUUGAUCACCUCGCGUAUUUUAUUGCGGGGGACGCCGUCGGUCGAGUCCAUUCGAAAGUAUUAUCAGCAAUUAAUUGUGCACGUUCACCCGGAUAAAAACCCAACCCCUUGCGCAAAAGAAGCAUUCUUGCGAUUAGGGGUUCUCCAAGUGGACGCGCUGCGUUAUUUUGAAAAUAACCAAAAAGAGGCUGCCAGUUUAAUCCCACACAAACCGCCAGCCGCGGGGAAGGGUCGAAAAAAAGGAAAAGGGCCCACGGAGGCCUCCGUCACGUCACGGAUGGAGGAGGACAUGACGAACUUAUUUCACGUACGGAAGAACCAAAUCACUUUGAAGUCCCUCAAACGAAAGGAGAUUGCGAAGGAUUUUCAGAUAUUUAGCGCCCCCCGCCAGGGCCCCUACCCGCCGGCGGGGGAAAGGAAUCGUGAGCCCUCCUCUAACCCGGGGAAAAACCCGCCGCCUCGGCGAAAGGCCAAUCCUCCCCGGCGAAAUCGGCGCCAAAGCGAGCCGCAAACGCGGCACAUUCCCUCCAACAACACCACCAUCACCACCUUAGAGGAUUCCUUCUCCCCCGCUUCGGAUCUCGCGGCCCGGCCGGAGGCGAUUCCCGACGAGAAAAUUAGUUUAGACGGCGAAGAAGCCGAGGUCGAGUCGGUGGAAAAUAUCCAAUCCUAUUUAUCGGGCGACCCCGCGGAGGAGCUGAUUUCGGAUAUGGAUUCACCGCUGGGGGAGUCCUUCUCGCAGGAGAAUGGCGGUUAUAAAGAAAUUCGGGAACAAAUAACUACCAUUAUUGAGGCGCUCCAUAACCGGCGCUUUCACAAGGCCCCCGUUCGCCUGGCGUGCGAUCUUUCCUUUGCCGCCUACGAACGUCUUAAAAACGAGGCGCAUCUAAGGGAAUAG